UUAUCAGCUGCAGCAGCCAAUCACGUGGCCGUGCUGGCGGACGGCGACGCAGUGUGCGUGUGAAACUGAGCGGAAUUAUCCAUUUUUCGGCCUCCCGGUGCGUGUUUUUCCUCCCGCGGACGACAUGAAUAGCGUCGGGGAGGCCUGCACCGAUCUGAAGCGGGAGUACGACCAGUGCUUCAACCGCUGGUUCGCCGAGAAGUUCCUGAAGGGCGACCGCAGCGGGGACCCGUGCACGGAGAGCUUCCGCGUGUACCAGCGCUGCGUGCAGAAGGCCAUCCGGGAGAAGGAGAUCCCGGUGGACGGGGUGGACUUCAUGGGCCCCGACAAGGGCUCCGGCAAGGGCCCCGACCCGGGCCCCGGCAGCAAGGAGCGGCCGGAGAGCUGACGGCCUCAUCACCGCACUCGGAUCCCUCCGCCGCGCUCACCUGGCGCAUGCGCAGAGCGGACUCGCCCGCCGCACCGUGAUGGAGAGUCUUCCUGGAUUCAGAUCGAAGCUUUUUUUCCUUUAAUGCUUCUUAAUCAAACUCUUAAUGAACACGGCGGAUCGAAGCUCGCCGGGAAGCGGAGCCGAGCCGCCGCAGGAGCCCGCCGUGGAACAGAGACUCGGGUUCCGGCUCUUCGCGCUGAUUCUGAUUGUUUGAGUGUAAUUGAGGGGAAGAAGCAGCCCCGCAGAGUCUGUACGGCAGCGCCUUGCUUUUCCUUUUGUUUUUACAAAUGUGGGAUUAAACGUGGCCUGGACUCAC